AUGGCUGAGAAUGCGGAUAAGCCAGCGUACUCCAAUACCUCCUUUUUACGCACAAUUCUCGGUCGAGGUGAUUUGCCCCUUCGACUUGUGAACCAUGAGUAUAGUGGUUCCGGCACGUCGGAAGAUCCAUAUCUCAUCAAUUGGCUCCCCGAUGAUCCCGAAAAUCCAAUGAACUUUCGGGCAGUCAAAAAGUGGUCACUCAAUCUGCUCGUUGCCCUCUGCGCAUUCACAAUUGCGCUCGCAUCGUCGGCCUAUUCUGGCGGACUGGUCGAAAUCAUAACAGCCUUUCAUGUGUCAAAAGAGGUUUCCAUCCUGGGUGUAUCAUUAUACGUGAUUGGGUUUGCCAUUGGGCCAUUGGCAUGGGCUCCGCUAAGUGAGAGAUAUGGCCGACGAUAUGUUUUCAUAAUAAGUGGGGCGUUGUUGACGGCUACUCUUGCUGGCACAGCUGGCGCACACAACAUGGAGACACUUCUCAUUCUUCGAUUCCUGGCCGGUAGUCUGGGCUCGGCGCCCUUGGUCAUUGCUGGAGGAGUUAUUGCGGACCUGUUUGAUCCUCUCACCCGAGGCCUGGCUCUUGGUGUUUAUGUUAUCGCACCUUUCUUGGGACCAUCCAUCGGACCGAUUGUCGGUGGAUUCAUAGCCGAAGCUGGAGGCUGGAGAUGGGUGCAAGGAUUUUUGGGUUUACUGUCAGCUGCUCAAUGGAUUCUCACUCUGAUCCUCCUACCUGAGACAUACCCCCCAGUUCUGUUGCGCCGGCGGGCAGUCCAUCUGUCUUCUGCCACAGGGAAAGCAUACCGCAGUACACUGGAUCUAAACAAAGUCAGCCUCAAACUGUCGGCAGUUCUCUUGAGACCAUGGGCUCUUCUGUUCCGCGAGCCCAUCGUUCUUCUUAUCACAAUCUACAUGUCAAUCAUUUAUGGGACAUUGUACAUGCUCUUCGCAGCUUAUCCAAUUGUGUUCCAGGAGACUCGUGGCUGGGGCGAAGGGCUCGGAGGCCUGAGCUUUCUGGGCAUCAUGGUGGGAAUCUUGCUCUCCGCUCCGAGUAUGUAUCUUGGACAUACCCGAUACCGAAACCUGUCGACCAAGGCUCAGACACGGCUUGCUCCAGAAGCUCGACUCCCAGACAGCUUUCUGGCCUGCAUUGCCCUUCCAAUUGGGCUGUUCUGGUUUGCGUGGACAAAUUCGCCGAAUGUGCAUUGGGUUGUCCCUAUCCUCGCGGGUAUACCGUUUGGGUACGGCUGUAUCAUGCUGUUCUUGCCUUGCUUGAAUUAUCUGGUGGACUCGUACACUAUUUAUGCCGCGUCAGUGCUAGCUGCGAACUCUGCAAUUCGUUCAAUCUUUGGAGCGGUUUUCCCCUUAUUCACGGACAAGAUGUAUGAAAAUCUGGGACUUCACUGGGCCGCUUCUGUUCCUGCUUUCCUCGCGCUAGCCUGUGUCCCCAUUCCAUACCUUUUCUAUGUGUAUGGCGCUCAGAUCCGCAAGAAGAGUCAUUACGCUGCUGAAGCAGAUGCCUUCAUGAGGCGACUGCUGGGCAUUCCAUCGGAGUCCCCUUCUGGAACCACAACUGACGAGUCCAAAGAGGAAGUGUGA